AUGGUUAAACUUAGUCAAUCUCGUUUGCGUGAAAAGCUUUAUCGUUUGGUUGGAUGCUUUGGUUUACCCACGCAGCAGUGUAUUAGUGCUCCGAGAAGCCCAUCGGUUAUCUUCAGUCAAUCCACUGAAACUUUGGAUCCUCAGCUAAGCGUGCAUUCUAGUAGUGAAACAACUUCCGUUAUCGAUAUUAGUAAUUCAGAUGAUAUUCGUCUGGAUGAUACAAGCAGUGGUGAACAAACUGCUGUAUUCCGAGAUCUGGAUACUUACUUGGAUGCUCAGUUAAUGAAUAUUAACUUUUUAGGUGUUCCAGAUUGUAGAUUGGCAUCGACAAGCGCUUCAAUGAGUGAAGAAGAACCCCGGCGACCUUGGGGUGUACGAGGUCAAGCUAUUACAUGUCAUUUUGAUUUCAACGGAGAUGGAAAUGAGUCAGUUAUGAAUGAAUCUUUUCCUGGAUUAUCACGAACACUACAGGCAGCAGAGACAACAAAUUCUGUUGCACACAAUGGAACAGAAUCUGAUUAUUUAAUAUCUGCUUAUCAUCAGUCUAGAACAAACUCCUUGCCGCAUUUAACUAGUCUGAGAAACAAUCAUUCAACUGAUUUUAAACAUACUGAGUCUAAAAGUUUAAAUACAAAUAGAUACUCAACUAUAACAAUUAGUAACAAUUAUACGGAUUGUAAUGUGGCUGACAAACAAUUAACAGAAUUAAAUGAUGAGCGACAAUUGCAGUUAGAAUGCCAGAAGCCUUCGAGAUCAUUUAUGUGGAAAUCAUUGACUCGAGGUGAUGAUACUUCCAUAAAAGUAGACCAUACAGGUAGUGAUUACGUGAACUUGUUGUACACCACUAAAAAGGACAAUAUGUUUACUGGAGGGCACUUUAAAACGAAACCUAGUCGAAAUUUACAAAUUAUAAAGCGUUCAAAUGUUAACUUACGAAAUUCACGCAGUGAACAUGUGUCGUUCGAUCUUGGUGAUGAAAAGAAUCAAGAUGAUGACGAUGUUGAUGGAGAGGACAGUGAAUUAGAAGAAGCAGAAAGUGGUGCUGCUACUACUUGUGAUAGUGUAAGGGACAGGCAGUACACACAAUUUGAUGGAAAACGAAUUCUAGCGAACUAUUCAAGCUAUGAAACUUAUGAGAAAAUACGUAAUACCUUACAGUCAGAUUCGGUACACCUUCCUAGCGCUUCUGUAGUACGGUUUGCAUCUACACAAGCACUAAUCAGUGUUAAUGGUGGUGAUAUUAAUGAUGAUGAAGAUGUAAAUGAUCUUGUUCCCAAAUCUAGACGAAAUAUUUACCUCCCUCGAUCUUACUUAGCCUAUCAGAAUGAAUUAACAAUGCAAGAUAAAACACUUAGACAGCUUACUCAGGAAUCAGGUCAGUCCAGCAUUACUCAUCGUCCUCAUUGUAUAAACAGGGUGGAGGAUUCUGUCAUGGGACAAAUGAAACGCUCUGCAUCAGCAUCUGUGUUAUUAGCCAAUAAAUAUUAUGCAGUAAGUGAAUCAAGUUGUGAUAAAUCGUUGGUCAGUCCACUUUUACUAUCACCUGUAAGUUAUCAAAAUGAAGCAGAUUGCCGGGUAGAUGUAAAUAAUCAUACUCAAUAUUCAUCAUUGUCAUCAUCAAGGUCAGUGUCACCGUCAUUUAGUUCUCAUGCUGAGUUCAAACUACCAGUACUGGAUAAUAAUCAAUAUGAUGAUGAUAAUCCUACUGCUACGGUGAAAGCUGUCUCCUCAUGGCCAUAUUCCUGUUCACUGGUAUCACCUCAAUCAGUUCCACUUUCAUCAUCACUGUCGGUAUCAUCAUCGUCAUCGGCAGCAACAUCUGUACAUAGUUCUCAAGCAUCAGUGUAUUAUAUUUCAUCAUGUGGAAAAAUUAAAAAGGCGAAUUGGAUUCUUUCCGGUAUCAAUAAAAAGCAUAAAUCAACAAGUGAUUUAAGUGUAAACUGCAGUCAUAAAAAAUAA